GGGGGACAAGUCUAAAGGCAGCCGCUGAGGUUCACCCCGCCCUCCAGUCAGCAGUUGAGAAACCACGGGACAAGGGACCGGGGAGGGUGCUGAGGGGGAGGUGAAUAACACCUACGUAGAUGAGACACAUCAGGGCGACUGUGCAACUGUCUGGCUGAAGGAUCCUCCUCUUCCUCCUCAACAUGGUACUACGUGUUAAAAAGCAAACACGGAGCAAAUAGUAAAUAGAGAUGCAUGAAGCCAUAGAGGAAAGGAGACGAACGGAACUGAAUCGAGCAGAAGAGAAACUGAAGGAAAGCGAGGACUAACCUAACCUCGUAUCGUCCAAAUAGAGCCCCCGAACCGGGCUUGCUCCAAAGAGGGCCUGUGAGUAAACACCUUCUCGGCCACCCACCCUCAACCGAGUGACAGAAGCUCGCCUGCUCCGAGGGAAUAAGCAGCAAUACCAAUAGAUCACUGUCUGUGAACUGUGAGCUGUGGCUGCUGUUCGCGAGGGAUUUAAUUUUUUUUUUUUUUUUUGCUUUUACAUUUUUCUUCCAGUUUUUUUUUUAAGGUGUCUGCUAUUUUCCCGAUUCCAACUCCGUGCUAUUCCGUCUUCAGCUUCGUAGAUUGUUAAUUUUUACCUCAUCUCUCUCCACCCCCACCCCCACCCCCACCCCUUUCCUCCGUGGAAAGAGAAGGAUUAAAAGUUACAAGUAUUGUUAUCGUUGGGUUUGUAGGUUAUUCUUUCCCCACUCUCCUUUUGGUGUGUGUUGUAAAAGUAGUGAGUACUAUGUGCACCAACAUAGUUUACGAAUGGCUGAAAGCCCUUCAACUCCCCCAGUACGCGGAGUCCUUCAUGGAUAAUGGCUACGAUGACCUGGAGGUAUGCAAACAGAUCGGGGAUCCUGACUUGGACGCCAUCGGGGUCCUGGCCCCCCAGCACCGGCGCCGGAUCCACGACGCGGUAAGAAGGCUACGGGAGCAAGAUGCCAAUGCUGCCGGCCUCUACUUCACCCUGGAGCCGCAGCAGCUGCAGCCCCAGCAGCAGCCUGGUUCCCCUUCCCCAGAAAUCUACACCAGUCACCUAGUGGAGCAGUAUGAGGGCCAGGCUUGGAGGGAGUCUCAGCCUGGCCAGACCCAAGGACCCAGGGGGGUCUCCAAGAACCAGAAAGCCGGGUCCCGCAGCAAGGAACUGGUGACUUAUCCCAAACUCAAACUGAAAAUCAUGAUCAGAGAUAAACUCGUCCGGGAUGGAAUCAAUUUAAGCAAGCCCCCGUACUCCAACAAGGUCGCAAUGGCUGGCAUCCUAGAGUACUUAAUGAAUUGGCCGAAGUCAUCACAGAACCGCUAGAUAUCAUUUUUGCGAACUCGUGGAGGACUGGUGAGGUGCCUGAAGACUGGAAAAAGGGCACAGAUAGUGCCUUUCUUUCAAAAAGGGGAAAUGGAUGAUGAUCCUGGAAAAAAAAAAUUCAUCGGCCAAACUUUUAUACUUGGAAAAAUUCUGGACUAAUCAACUUUGUAUAACUGGGUGCUAAUUUCUAAAAAACAAGAAACAUAAAGGCAAUAAAACAUCUAAGUACUUAUUUGGGAAUUUUUUGCCACCCAGUUCUGCAAACUCUUGACUGUUUAAAAGGAAAUAGGUUUAAUCAAUGGAUUUGAUUGAUGUUAGUUAAGGUUUUAGAAAAAUAGCUUAUUAAUCACAGUAAAAGGAAUAGGUUCUUAGCAUUAGAGUGUAAUUAGAUCUUUCUGUAUUAGUUAUUUUGUCUUUUAGCAUAAAACAUUUUUUUCUCUCCAUAAAGGGCAAUGUUAUAUUAAAAUAUCCUGGGAAGUAAGAAUAACCUGAUCAGAGGUACAAAGGGGAAAAUUACCAAGACCUGUGCACAUUGUGGGAUAGUUACAAGACUGCUGGGCUUGGAAUUUGGAGACCUGAAUUUUUGUCCCAGUGUUGAUGCUUAUUGGAUGUGUCCGUGACCAUGAGCAAGUCACUUUAUCAUCAUUUAAUCCUGUGUUUUAAUUUCCUCAUCUGUAAAAUGGGCACAAUAAUACUUGGCACCACCUAUCUCAUAAGACUGUUUUGAGGAAAAGUGCUUUGUACAACUUAAACUGAUAAAGAAAUGUGUUAUUGUGUGUGCAGUGGGAUAGAAAGGAAUUUCAUCCUGGCUUUAGUACAGGGGACUUAGAUUGUGGAAUGAUGAAAAAUGUAGAAGAAGCUCUGUUAGUAGCUAGCAGUGGGAUUUGGGGGCAAAUUUUCUUCCCCUCUCUGGGCCCCAAUUUUCUCCUUUAUAAAGUGAGAAGGUUGGGCUAGAUGAUAUCAAUAGCUCAUAUGAAGCUCAAUGGUGCUCCACUGUAUACAGAGCAUUUCCAAAUAAGGUAAAUGAGGCCGAGAGACGUUCAGUCUCUUCCUUCAGGUCACUGAUACCCUUUCCAUUUCUUGCAUUCCAUGAUUCUAAGCAGUCCCAUUUUGUGUUAUGCUUUUCUAGAGUGAAUAGUUUAGCAAAGAUAGCAUGUCUACAUGUAAGACAUUGCAAUGCACUGACACAUGGAUAAAACUAAAGAAGUUUUGGUAAGGGGAGAUAUUUUCUCUUGGUUUCUAUGUCAUUUCAGACAAAUGAGAUUUACUUAGACUCAAAGGCACACCCUUAUGCAGCUGACUGGGAAGCAGGAGUCAAUUAUUCUGUGCUAAUACCUGACCUCAUCCUACUUACCAAGAACCAGAAGUUUUGAGUACUUUGGCCCACUCCAUGCUACGCCAUGGCCUUUCCCCAUGGUUUCUCACUGAAAGCCCAUACUUGUGGAUCCAUUUUCUUGUCCUUGGCUCUUCUAUUGCAGCCUUAUGAUGCGGUAGCCAUUUUUACUAGUCCUGCUUUUAUAAUGGGUUAAGGCAGCUAGGUGGCUUAGUUGAUAGAGUGCUGGGCUUGGACUGAGGAAGACCUGAGUUCAAAUC